AUGUUUAAGGCUGUUAUUUUAAUAGGGGGGCCUCAGAAAGGCACGAGGUUCAGGCCGCUCUCAUUUGAAGUUCCCAAACCUUUGUUUCCAGUAGCUGGUGUGCCCAUGCUCCAGCAUCACAUUGAAGCAUGUGCCAAGGUACCAAAUCUGAAGGAAGUCCUGCUCAUUGGGUUUUACCAGCCUAAUGAAGAACUCACUAGAUUCCUUUUUAAUGCCCAGCAAGAAUUCAAGAUUUCCAUUAGGUAUUUGCAAGAAUAUGCAGCCCUGGGUACUGGAGGGGGCAUCUAUCACUUCAGAGAUCAAAUCAUCGCUGGUGGCCCUCAGGCUUUCUUUGUUCUUAAUGCUGAUGUGUGCGCAGCCUUUCCUUUAACAGAGAUGCUCAGCUUCCAGAAAGAACACGGAGAACCGAAUAGCUUUGUCAUACUUGGAACAACGGCAAACAGGAAACAAUCGCUGAAUUAUGGCUGCAUAGUUGAAAACGAAGAAACGAAUGAGGUGUUGCAUUAUGUGGAAAAGCCGAGCACAUUUGUGAGCGACAUCAUCAACUGUGGUAUCUACCUAUUUAAUCCUGAGAUCUUCCAGCAUAUUGGAACAGUUUUCCAGAAAAAUCAACAAGACAUGAUGAUGGAGGAGACGAACAACGGCUGGCACAGAGCAGAAGCCAUCAGGUUGGAGCAGGACAUUUUCACUGCCCUGGCUGGACAGGGCAAACUCUACGUUUAUAAAACACUCCGAUUCUGGAGCCAGAUAAAAUCAGCAGGGUCUGCAAUUUAUGCAAGUCGGUUAUACCUCAACCAGUAUCACAAGACUCAUCCGGAAAGGCUGGCUGCAAACAAAGAAGGAGGCCCUAAAAUAAGUGGUAAUGUCUAUAUCCACCCUACUGCCAACAUUGAUCCCACUGCGGUGUUGGGCCCUAAUGUCUCCAUUGGCACAGGAGUUACUAUUGGUGCUGGGGUUAGAGUGCGUGAAUCCAUUAUCCUGCAUGGUGCGACUCUCCAGGACCACUGCUGUGUCUUAAACAGCAUUGUAGGAUGGGAUAGCACUAUUGGCAAAUGGGCACGAGUAGAAGGAACUCCCAGUGACCCAAACCCAAACGAUCCAUAUGCAAAGAUUGACAGCGAGACACUUUUCAGAGAAGGAAAACUCACCCCGUCCAUCACUAUUCUUGGUUGUAAUGUGUCCAUUCCCAGAGAGGUGAUAAUCCUCAACUCUAUUGUCCUGCCACACAAAGACCUCAACCGCAGCUUCAAGAACCAAAUUAUUCUGUAG